GAAUUUAUAAAGUCUGAAAGCAAGACGUCCUCUGAUAACCGAAAUUCUCCUGUUUUGUUCGGCUCGAAAAAUGACAUGCCAGAAGUAACAACAGACCAACUAAUUCAUCCUCGCCACUCUCUAUUUCCUCGCCUUUUCGAUUCUCGUAAUCGGGAAGAGUCAGCUUCAUUCGAUGACGCCUUAGCUCAAGCACGGAGAACUAAAUUAAUGGAUUGCGAAGGGCCUGUUGAAAGAGCCCAAAGUUUUAUGAAUCAGUCUAGAGGGCUCCUCAGCUACUGGGGAUCUGAAGAAUCAACCUUUGAUGAUGGUUAUCUGGAGGAUGAUGAAGGUGAAGCCUUUGAAAAUGAAUAUGAAGAAGGGGAGGAUUAUGAAGAGUAUAGCAGAUCAGCAGAAGGCUCUGCUUGCCACCUGAUGCGACCGGAUAUGGUGGCUUCGGAUCCAGAAAUUUCUCAUGAUUUUAUAGGUGACAGAGAAUCAUCGGAGGGACCCUCAUUGCUACCACAUGGAGAGGUACUUCAGCUGGUCAGAAGGACCUCUGUCUCUUUCGCAAAUUUAACGUCAUCUGAGAGCGCAUUUCAAUCACCAGAUGGAACAGUAGGUCAUUUAAAACAGAGGUCUUCCGCCUGUGGCAUACAAACAUUUUCUCAGAAUAUUACUAACGAUUUGGAUCGUGAAGAAUCGGCUCCUAGCGAUGGUGGAGCUGUCGCGUCUUCCUCCACUACUGCUACGUUUUUUCAACCUAAAUUGGUGCCAGCAUUAGGUUCUCUCAAACCCGUCUCUGCCUCUGCUUGUCACACCAACAGAGACAACAGCCAUCUUAGAACAGCACGGAGUCAAUUCAAGCGGCCUCGUCUGAGGCACUGCGUAUCAGCCGAAGCAGCUGCUUCCGUCACUUGUCAACGAAGACAGAAGCGUCGUUUACGCCAACGCACUUCUUUGGAUCGAGUAAAUCAAUCAAUUCUUAACAGAUAUUAA